AUGGGAAGUGGGAAGUUUCACUUUCGUUUCAAGGAGGAAUCCGAUCUGCAAUACGUGAUGGAGAAUCGGCCAUAUCACUCUGAUGGGUGGAUGAACGCCAUUGAAAGAUGGGUUCCAACAGUGCGGCCAGACUUCCCGGUCUCAAUCCCGUUCUGGGUCGAAAUCAGAGAUCUUCCGGAUCAACUGUGA